AUGCCUCCGCCUACAGGAACCCAACCCAAAGUCGAGGAAGACGAGCUCGCCCUCGAAACAGAGGAUGUCCCAGUCAACAAAAUCACCAGCUUCAAUGGCAGACUACAGCAAUUCCUGCAUAAGGGGACCGCAGACUCAGCCCCAAGUGCCUCGAGUACGACUAUAUCGCAACGCCGCAUAAACACCACCAAUGCCGAAUAUAAACCACAAGUUAGCGACCGUCAAUCAGAAACCACCAUGUCCAGCCCAAAGCGCAAGAAAACAGUCUCACAGACAACAGCGUCGGCGACUACAACCAGCCCGCGCAGCACUCGCUCACAAUCAAUCUUAAUGGCAACACCACCAUCCCCCAUCCCAAAACGCAAGCGCAGCAAACCAACCCCAAAACUCCCACCUACACCCCCACUCGCCGGCCCAUCAGCCACAGAAUCCCUCCUCCGCGACACAAUCCCCCCAAACCUGAUCCUCCUCCUCGUAGGCGUGAACCCAGGAAUAAUGACAGGGAUAACGGGACACGCCUACGCACACCCAUCAAACCUAUUCUGGAAACUGCUGUAUUCCUCUGGGAUAACAAGUAUUCGGCACAUACCGGCGGACACAUACAAGCUUCCCGCGCUGUACAGCGUGGGCAACACAAACAUUGUGGAGCGGCCGACGCGCGACGCGAGCAUGCUCAGUCGCGCGGAGAUGGAUGCCGGUGUGCCGGUGCUGGAGGCUAAAGUUGCGGCCCAGAGGCCUGAGGUUGUUUGUCUUGUUGGGAAGAGUAUUUGGGAGGCUGUUUGGCGGGUUAGACAUGGGAGGGGGAUUCGGAAGGAGGAGUUUCGGUAUGGGUGGCAGGCGGAGACGGAGAAUAUGGGGCGUGGUCAUGGGUGGGACGGUGCGCCUAUCUUUGUCGCUACGACGACUAGUGGGCUUGCGGCUGGGAUGAAACCCGCGGAGAAGGAGGCUGUUUGGGCGGAGUUGGGGAGUUGGGUUGUGAAUAGGAGGGCGGAGAUAGGAAUGGAUGCUGUUGUUGUUAAGGAUGAGGUGGUGGUUAAGGAGGAGGUUUGA